CCGCGCCAGGCAGCAGCGCGCACGGGGCCAUUUGCAGCGCAGGCAGCGUCGCGAGCAGCCGCGGCGCGCUGGCCGGGAGAGAGGUGGCACCAUGGAGCUGAAGAAGGACAGCAAUGCCGUGGCCAUCGACAUGCUGCUAAUCGUGCACUCCGAGAAGCGGCGCGCCGCGCAAGCCACGCACUUGGACCCGCACACAGACCCGGGCGCGCUGCUGCAAAACCGAGGAGGAUUCCAAGGUGUCAGAAACGGAAUCCGGAAGUGGCAAGAACUGGAAGGAAAUGGCUUUCAGGGAAACUUGCCAGAGAAGCAGUGCCCUCAGCAGCCUCAGAUCAUCAGUUCCUAUGACAGCCAAGGUACCCAGCUGACUGUGGAAAUCCACCCCCAAGACGCCAUGCCCCAGCUGCUCAAGAAGUUCUCUUUGGCUAAACGUUUGCAAGGUGACAAAAAUGGAAACACAAGACCCCGGCAGCCUGGAGGAAAAGAUGCUCAUGCUUACCCCUGGGACAGGUCCAGUUUGAAAUCCAUGCCCCUGGACCUGCGCCAGUUUGAGAAACUGGAUGCCUCCGCCUCACAGGUGACAGUCAAGAGUGGCCUGGAUGAGCUAGUGAGUGACUUGCUCCAGGAAGCCCACAGCGAUCUGGAAAGAGUCAGGGCCAUCUGGAUCUGGAUCUGCCACCACAUAGAAUAUGAUGUGGAGGCUGCCCAGGAGAAAGACCGCCAGGCCUUCAAACCCACUGACAUCCUGAGGACCCAGAAGACCAACUGUGAUGGCUACGCUGGCCUCUUUGAAAGGAUGUGCAGAAUCGCUGGUGUACAGUGUGUUAUGGUGCCUGGCUACUCCAAGGGCUUCGGCUACCAGACCGGGCAAAGCUUCUCUGGGGAGUUUGACCAUGCCUGGAAUGCUGUGUAUCUGGAAGGCCAUUGGCACCUGCUGGACAGCACCUGGGGCAGCGGCCUGGUGGACACCACCACCUCCAAAUUCACCUUUCUCUACAACGAAUUCUACUUCCUCACCCACCCUGCCCUGUUCAUUGAGGACCACUUUCCAGACAACAAAAACUGGCAACUGCUGAAGCCGCCUCAGUCUCUGAGGCAGUUUGAAAACAACAUGUAUCACAAGAGUGAAUUCUACAAUAAGGGCAUGCUGAGUGCCCACCCAGAGACGUCCAUGAUCAGAACAGUGAACGGGAAAGCCACAGUCACCAUCGAGAGCCGUGCCCCGACACUGUUCAUGUUCAUGCUCAACGGCAAGCAGGAACACGGGCUACUGAGCCUCAGGAAGAAUGGGAUGAAGUUGGAGGUGUACCCUCCAACCAUGGGCACCCACAAGCUGCAGAUCUUUGCCAAAGGCAACUCUGAGAUCUACAGCUCAGUGCUGGAGUACACACUCAAGUGCAACUAUGUAGACUUCUCUGUCCGGCUGCCCACGGAGCUUCACCAGCCCGUGGGCCCUAGCUGGUUCUCAGAGCAGAUGGGCAUCACGAAGCCCUCACACCCUGACCCCAUCAUCCACACGACUGACGGCCGCUGCUCCAUCAGCUUCGGCGUGGAGGAGAGCAUCAGCGUCCUGGCGUCACUCCACGGAGAUGACGGGCCCAUCACCGAGGAGACACAGCGGCGAUACAUCUUCCAGUUGAACCGACAGAAGAGGACGGAGCUGAAAGUCCAGCUGCCCCACGCUGGCAAGUUCGCCCUUAAGAUAUUUGUGAAGAAGAAGCAAGGGCAAGGUAACUUCAUCUUUGUCUUCAACUACCUCUUGUGCUGUGCCAACACCAAGGUGAACUGGCCCGUGUUCCCCGAGAGCUUCGGCAACUGGGGGCAGGACCAUGAGCUCCUGGAGCCCCUCUCGGGUGUGCUUCCCGCCAACCGCAGCAUAGCUUUCAAAUUGAAGCUGCAUGGUGUCGCCAAAGCCCUGGUGAAAGGGCAGGACACAUGGCCCCUGACCCUUAACCCGGAAGGCUACUGGGAGGGCAGCUGCAACACGGCUGGCUGUCAGGAAGUCUACGUCAUGGUGCUAGAAAACGCAAACCACAACUUCUACUCGUACAUCCUGAAAUACAAAGUGAACGGCCAGUGAG